CUAACUUUUGUUUCAGAAUUAUUUGGAUUAAGAAAUACAAUACCAUCAUUAAAUUUAUAUCAUCGAGGAAACAAAAGUUAUUACAUUGGUAAUGUUUUUAAAGGUAACAUAAUUCAUGUAGAACAGUUCUGCAGAUACCACGACAUGAAUUUAGUGAACAUAGAAUCACAGGAAGAGAAUAACUUUUUGGAACAAAAGCUACUUGAAGCAGGUCCCCAAAAUGAGUUCUUUUAUACUUCUUUCACAAGAAUACCGGAUAACAAAAUUUGGAUUUCUCUGGCAAGUGGCAAGUCACUUAAAUAUUUUAACUGGCACGAAGGUGAGCCAAAUAAUAUUGUCAAAGAAGAACAAUGUAUAGUAGUGCGUUUGGAAAAUAAACAAUUAAAAUGGUACGAUUCGUCAUGCUGGGUUGCUAACUAUUUUAUAUGCGAAAUUAUUUGGACUAAAAGAGAUCAGAAAUUGUUGCAAAUUUUACAUGAUAAACUACAAAAACAAAUCGAAGCUCAGGAUAGCAAUCUUAGCAUGACCAUAGCAACUCCGACUGUUCAUUAAACAUUACCUACUCUACAAAAAUUAAUUAAUGGAACUAAUGUUAUUUUAUAAAAUAAAAAUGAAAAAAUCA